AUGAAGACCAGUCUUGAGCAAAUUCCAGUGCAGACAUCUGGUCAUGCUGCAAGUGUUUGUCAAGUUAGAAGCAGCAUCAAUAAUGCCUUUUGCUGCCCUUACCCGUCGUUUGUGACGCUAGCGAGUCAAAUGAAGAUGCGUGUAUGUGAAUUGUUUUGGCGCCGAGUGCACGUACAUCUCAUUUCCCUUAUCGAAGUAUCUUCCCCACAAUCAAAGCAAAACUCUGCAGUGUUAUGUAUCCAACGCCGGCGUCGUCAUGGUGGCUUUGGGAGCUGUGUAAUUGCCAUUUCCCUGGAUCGAAGUAUACAUCCUGUUCGAUUGUUACCAAAUAGUAUAAGAGCCUCGCGGAAGUUGAUGAUCGGCAUUGAGUAUGGCUGGCACCCAAAGCAUUUGUGGCUUCGUGCGCCUAACUCUGCAGUUUAUGAGCAGUGGAGUACCAUCUUUCAAGCCGCAUUUGGUGGAAAUGGCAUUGAAUACGAUGAUGAAUUGUUUGAGAAACGGUCAGAAACCAAUUCUAGUUCAAUCCUUAAGUUGGCAACAGCGGUUGGCGUCAGCAGCACGGAUCGUAAAAGUCAUGACUCAUACACUAGAUACCGCUCCAUUAGCUAUCAAUCUGAUAUACCCGACGAAGAAUGGACUGUUGAAGAAAAAGCUCGCUUUGAAGGAUGA